AUGACGUCCCGCAGUUAUACCAAGUCGUACAGCCGCAAAGUCAGCAGCGUGACGGCUGGCAGCAUUCAGUUUGAUAAGCUCUUCCGCGAGAACAGUAAUCGGCCCUCUGCUGCCAAGUCGGCGGGCACUGUUGGCAAAUGGGGCAUAACGUCCUUCACGUCCAUCAGGAGCACGAACAUAAACGGAAGAAGAGAUGAUAUACAUAGCACGUUUGGUGCGAAGCGGAUGAAACUCGAUUAUGGAAAUCAAAACCGCGUGAAUUCUGGGAAAGAUCCGUUCUCCUUCGAGACCGAUCCGGAUAACAAAUCGGAUGCUGCUGCUCCGGCGGUAGUCAAGCCGAAGAAGUUCUUUAAGAGCAGAAAUGUCCCGCCUACGGUUGAAGAAUCUCGCCAAGAUGUGGCAAAUUACAGACAAGUACCUGAUUCGCAAUACGGUAGGGCCCGUGUUUCAAAGCAACCGCCGCAACAGCAGCAGCAGCAGCAACUGCCGUUGCAGUCACCGUUGCCAGCACCGAAACAGCAGGCCGUAACGAAAGCGUCACAUGCUCCAGUAAAGAAGGUAGUAGAAAAUUUAGAUAGCACCGGUACCGACGCUCCUUCCAAUCGGGAGGAGAACAAACCACCGAUAGUGUUGCGAAUAUGCAAGGGAACGGCGCGAUUGGUUUGCGGGGAUAUCCAGCAGGACUCUCAACAGGAGCCCGAGCCCGAUACCUACAGGAUCUCCACUCCCCUUGCUAGUCCCUCGAAGAUGGAUGUCGAGCGCAAGACCAGUACGGAGACGUCGCUCAAGUCUGACCACAAAUCCGUACGCACGCAUCAGCCCACCGUCUCGGCCGUAUCUGUAAUUCCCCUGGAGAACUCGGACAUGAGGAGAACCACGCGUAGUCGCGCAAAGAAUCUGCAUUUGGAUCUGACUGCGACGACCUCGGUCGUGGCGCCGUCGACGACACCCGUGACCCCGAACUCGCACGGUUCCGGCCUGUCGUUGACGCUGAGAAAGUCCGUGACCGACUCCAACAACACCCUCAUAUCCCAUUACGACAUCGUUAAGACUGACUGCAGCUCAACGUAUUCCUCCAAACCGGCGAUCGAGCCGUUAAUUGGGCGCGAUCAACCGCUACCAACUACGACCCAAGAGUUGAUCGACAUACUCUCGAGCGAUUCCGACACGAGACCACCGCCACCGCCGCCACUACCACCCGCGCCACCCGUCGACACCAACGUCAGCGUAGAAAACGUCGAAGAACCAAUGGCGGAGGACGUCGCGAAUCAGCAAGUUCAACAUUGCUCCGUAGAUAUGCCGACCGAUGAAACAAACGUGGCCGAGGCGGCCGGUGCUGUCGCACAGCAACACGAACCUGAACCGGAGACAGAGCCCGAUCCUGAAUCGGAACCGGAGCCAGCACCGGCUCGCACCGGCAAUACGAUUGACACUGCUGAGACCGCGGCCACAGCUAAGACUCUGGUGGACCAGGAUUGGUUUUCGGGCAGUGACGAUAGUGAAAGUGCUAGUGGAAACGCUGAAAGUGAGAUACCGCUGCACGUGACAAGUACAGUUUCGGAAUCGCAGGCUUCUGACCCGCCGUCGACGAGUGUCCCGUCGGUGAAGCCGGCCGCUAAGAAGGGCAGUAUCUUCAAAAGCCGUUCAACCGGCGCGACAAACGGAAACAAGAGGCGCGCGUUGUACAAGCACAAGUGGUGUGACAGUGACAAGGAAUCCACCGCUGCGGAUACGCCUACCACUGGUAACAGCACGCCAACCACCGUAUCCGGCUCGAGCAGCGCCGGUCCUGUAGCGUACGAGGAAGAGUUUGAUUCUUCGCAGUUAACGAGGGUUGUGACUUAUCCCACGGCCGAUGUCGACUUUGAGGAUGAAGCCGACGCAAUCACGAGUGUUCGUUGUGGUAAAAAAGUUAAAGGGUUCUAUACUGUAGUAAAAAAUGUAAAGAAAGCUCAUCAAAUACAAGAAAGUGGAGAGUUUCAAGAAUUUAAUGAUGAUGUGGAGUACAUCUUGGAUACUUUAAGAGAAAAUAAUCCGAAUGCUACUCGUUGCCUUUCAGCCAUACGAUUAGCAAGUAAAUGUAUGGCUCCUGCAUUUCGUAUGCAUGUGCGUGCUCAUGGAACUGUUGCCAAGUUUUUUAAAGCUCUUCAUGAUGCAACGAAAGAUCAGAGCCUUGGUCUGUGCACAGCGACAGUGAUGUUUGUUUUAAGUCAAGAUCGUCUAGCUAUGGAUCUAGAUCGCGAUUGUUUGGAAUUAAUGUUAAGUCUAUUAGAAUCUGAUGCCAGCCAUAAGGAUGCUCUAGACGACUGUGGACUCAGUCAUACUGAAUUAUUAAAAAAUAAAGAGAAAGUGCGUCAGUUAUGUGCUGAUAUACAAGCUCAAGGACACGCUAAGCAUUUAAAUCUAGAUAAUAUUACUGUUGGUCAGCUCGCUAUGGAGACGCUCUUGAGUCUCACAUCAAAGCGCGCUGGAGAAUGGUUCAAAGAGGAACUCCGAGAAUUGGGUGGCUUGGAACACAUUGUAAAGACGAUUCGAGAAUGCCAUCGUCAUAUUAACAGCCAGAACGUCUUAAGAUCCGGCUGGACAGAUCCUUUAUUAGACAUAUUACGUAAAGUUGACAGAUGUUUACGCGUAUUAGAAAAUGUAACUCAUAUGAACGAAGAGAAUCAAGUGUAUUUAUUAAAGUACGAUGAAGGCGUGUUAGUGAGCACAUUAGUUAGUUUAUAUCACCUGUGCGCGCAAGAGGUUCCCAUUUAUCCGACAACAGAUACAAGCGAUAAAAGUUCUAUUGGUGCUGUUGUUAGAGAAUGCCUCUUUGUAAUUGUUAAAAUUCUCGUCAAUCUUACCCAUCGGUUCAACGGACAAUCUUUCGGUAGCAAAUCAGUUGGCACGCAAGAUGGCGUCCUGGACUGCAGUUUGUUCCUUUUAUUACGUAUGCCUGGAUCACUUCCGGAAGAAAAGCGGUUUGACAUGAUGAUGUUGACAUUAAUUCUAUUGAUAAAUUUAGUGGAGCAGUGCGACGAAAACAAGCGCCUUCUUAUUGAAUCAAAGGCACCCGCGUCGUCGGAAAACAUCUUUGAUGCUGAGAAAAGCGGUGUGGGAUCAUUGAUUGACUUGUUCUACAAGCAAGAGGAACUUGCGCGCGCUGAGGAACAGAAAACAGAUGCCAUUCUAGAUGGAAAGAAAGAUUCUGAACAAACGGAAACGGUAUCAACCACUACUAAAUCUCAGGAAGAAUUUAUCGAAGAGACCGUCACAAAAUUGUUACAAAAAGCUGGACGACAUAUGGAGCACACGUUGAUUGCAGCAUAUGUAGUGCUUCUGCUUGGAUACUUGGUAAUGGAUAACAAGGAAUACGAAGCAUUGGUACGGAGUAGACUACCUGACAACAAUUUCGCUACUAUGUUGUCUGUACUUCAAAAGUUUUUCAACUUCAUGAAUUUGACGGCAUCGCAAAACGAAGUGAGUAGCUAUGGAAAAGCCGCUACCGAAAAGAUAAUCAAGUUCCUAAGAAUGUCGGAUGCCAGAAUCAAGGAAGAGAAUGAGUUACCAUUGCCAGCAUUAGAAGACAGCAAUACUAUGCUCGACUUAACUUCAUCUUGAUUGAUAUACUGUACACACACCUGACAGCAUUUUUUCACCUGGCAUAUGCGAAGAGCCAAAGUUGUACGUGUCCAACAAGAAACAAAUUCUGUUUAUUGCGACGCCGAUGGACUUGUUUCAUAUUCGUAUAUUUUGAUACAUAUUUAUUCACUCACAUAAUUUAUUGUUGUAGGUUUCAUUAUGAUUAUUGAUUUGAUUGAAUUAUUCUUUUAUUUUACGAUAGAAGUUAGUUGUUACAUCCUAGGUUUAUGUAUAAAAUACUACAGCUUUGAAUUAUGCAACACACGUGUAAUUAUAAUUGCAGGGCACUUCAUCGCGAUUAUCGUUAGUGUACACUACACCAUUUCACUGAUAAUUCAAGCUAAUGAAACAGCCAUUUUUUUUUUUUAAAGACUCAAGAAGAAUAAACGUGACAUUUUGAGCUUCUUGUCAGUUUAUAUACAUUUUAUUUCUUGUAUAUUAUCUUAAUAUUGUACAAUCGAUUUUAAAAAUUAUAUCUAUUACGUUUUAAAACCUGUUAAAUGGUCAACAAUAUUAAGAUACAUUGUGACCCACUAAAAUUCAAGAUAGUGUUAUGUAAGUUUAUUUUAAUAUUAAAAUUAUAUUACG